AUGAGUAAACAGCCAUGGCUUGACGACCUAUCCCAGGACUGGAUCCCCCAACCCUGUUCCUCCCAAAACUCCCUACGCGAGCGCGUCUCCAGUUCCUUCAAACGAUCAUCGCGAAGCCAAUCCGCCUCCCCGCCCCCCACCACCAGUAUCUCUUCUUCGCAAAAACCCAGCUUUAAUUAUCUGAGACACAUGCGCAAAUCAUCAGAGCCAUCCCGCUUAUCAGACAUUGAGCCGUCCAAUAGCAAUCUCUCGUCCAAUCACUCCUUCUCCAUUAUCAAUGUUCUGACCGCCAGUCUUGGUCCAAAAGGUAAGCUGUUUCGUACAACGUCAACGCCUCAGCCUCAGCCUCAGCAUCAACUCUCCUCUACUCUACUCUACCAUCGGUCCCAUAGCUAA